CUCUUUUUCUGGAUUGUGUUUGAUUGUUUCUGGAAGGGAACUAUGAUGAUUAUAAUGUGUUCGCAAGAGCAAUAAUAGGAAGUUUGGACAAAUGAAGAGACUUAAUUUCCACAAUAAUAGGGUGUAAUUGUUGUUAUUUUGGGACUUCCUGGCGGUUUAUCGUCUGUAUUUUUCAGUAGAUGUUAUGAUGCCUCUGCAGAAGAGGAUGCAGAAUAUGGAGCAGAGCUCGUGCACCGAGGACCGUAUCCAGCAUGUACUCGAGCGCUGCCUCAGCAGCCUCGGUCUUGACACUCCCGACAAACAACUCUGGAACGCUGGGCUGUGCAUAAACCGCUGGUGUUUGGAGGAACUUGUGAAGAGAGAUCCCCACAACUUCCGCAUCCUUCUGCAGAAAGUACUGAGGAAAACAAGAGAGGUGCUGGAGCAGUGUCGCUAUGAACUGGUGGUGCCCCUCACUCUCCUGUUCUCUUCAACCCUCCUGAAAACUCCUCAUGUGGCUCCAGACUGCAGCGUGCUGCAAGAGGCCUACCUGUUGUUCCAUAGUUUCCUGGCCUGGCCUGAGCCUUGCUGCUCUGCCAGUAAACGCCUGCUGUAUAUCAUCCAGCAGGAGCUCAGAGCACCAGGUAUUUCAUUUCAGAGACUGGUACGGACAGAGCAGGGUGUUUCCCCUGAGAUUCACUGGUCUAAAACCAUUACGGUACUGUUAGUGAGCCCAGAUGAGGACGUCCCUCCAGAGGUCCAGUCUGUGUCCGAGCGGCUGAGUAGCACCCACCAGUCCAGCAGAGACAUCGCUAUCAUCCUCAUCCUGCACGGCUUUCAGGCUGCUCUGGGUACCAAACAUGAUCUGCAGGAACUCUACACAGCCCUGCAGGCGAAGCAGCCUGAGGAGCUGGAGCAGCUUAUGGAAGCAGUGACUGACAGCAUGGAGGUGGCAGCCUCCACAGCAGAUCUCAGCACAGCUAGACGAGGUCUGCUACACAGCAUGAGCAGGCUCGUAAAAAGCCUCGUAGCUCCAGCUCCCGCUGAUGGCUGCACAGAGAGUGGGGCUGUUCAGACUUUCAUGCUGCCCUUCCCCAAAUGUCACACAUGUACAUGGGACAACGACAACUUUGAUUUUCUGAAUCAGAUUCUCGCACGUGAGUCUGACCUGGACUCACCUGCAGACUGUUUCCUUAAAGCAGAGAUGGACGAGGAUGACAAUAACGACACCAGUGUGGAUGAGGAAGACGAACUGGAGGGAAACAAAGUGGACCAUGAGUAUCAAAACCACCAUGUCUCCACCACUUCCUCUUCCUUGAGGAACUCCAUCUCCUCCAGCUGCUCCGUGGUCUCCACGCCGUCUGGCUCAUCGGGCGUGGAAAGCGACUUCAGUGAGGACACAGCACAUGAGGACGCAGAGGAUGGACAAGAUAGCCAACCAAAACCCAGAAGGAAACCCAAAAAGAAGUCCAGAUCCCUUCUAGGCGUCGAGCGCUUCUCCCUGUUUUUCAAGUCUCCCCGCAGCCCGAGCUUUUGCCGCCGUGUCCAGAGCAUGGGCUCUCGUGGGGAUUUAACCAAAGACGUUCAAAGAACUGGGCCGCACCUCAAACACUCCAGGUCCCUGUGCAGCCAAGUUCAUCCUCUGCAUGCAUCCACUGCUGCCCUGGAUCCUCUGUCCCCCCAGAAGCAUAUGUGCGUGCGCAGGAGGCCGAUCCUGAGCUGCGACGAAGGCGAUGUGGCAGAGGUGCCUACCCUGGUCAAAGUGGUGGUAUUUGGAGGUGACAGAGAGGCCGGCAGGCUGGCCAGAGCAUACAGCGACCUGCAGCAGAAAGAGAGUAAAUGUCCCCGACUCACUAAGACAUGCAAACUGCAGUUUUACUUUGUUCCCACCAAAAGGAGAACAAUAGGAAGCCCAGGAGGAGGACACACACCGACUGAAGGGCAGAUAGCGAGUUCAACCAGAGCUGGUGCCUCUGUGGAGUGUAAUGGCAGUGUACUGGAGGACAGUACAACCGAUAUUGCCCAGAUGUUGGGUAUGAUCGACCCCUGGUACGAGAGGAACGUCCUCAGUCUGCUCAGCCUGUCCUCAGACGUCCUCUGUCAGACUGCCUGUAAAGAUGGUGACGUCUCAGUGAGCAGUGGCAGCAUGGAGAGGCUUCCCCUGCUGGCCGACUUGGUGCUCUAUUACUGUAGACAUGCAGACCAGCCUGUUCUGUUGCAGCUGUACCAGGCUGAGCUGACCCUGGCUGGAGGAGAGAGGAGAAGGGAAGUGUUUAUUCACUCUCUGGAGCUCGGGCACACUGCUGGAACCAGAGCUGUUAAAGCCAUGGGUGCUGCCAGCAAGAGGUUUGGAAUUGAUGAAGAACGGGAGGCUGUCCCUUUAACAUUAAGUGUUGCCUACAACAAGGUGGCUGUUAGUGGGAGGAGUCAGUGGACCCAGACAGACAUGGUUUGCACGUCGAUCAAUCUUUACAAAGCGUGCAGGAAACCUGAGCAGCUAGAUUCCAGAAUAGAAAGUCUGCAGCUGACAAUGGCAGAAGUCCAGAGGAGGCAGUGCUGCAAGUCCAAAAAGGGCUAUAAACAGCACAUCUCCAUAUCGCACGCAAAGGUGGACAAGGUGGAGGUGAGCGGUGGAGAAGAUGGGACAACUUUUUCUGUGUGUCUGGAUCAGGAUGAGAAGAAGUUCAUCCAAAGUGUCACCAGGUGCGAGGUCUCUCUGUGCUGCAAACCAGGAAGCAGUUCAGACUGGAGGUCCUACAAGCCCUCACCUGGCCAAGUCCAGCCUCUGCACCCGUCCUACUGCUCCCUGCUCUGCCUGCCCAUCACCUCUUUCUCGGCCUCGUGUCCCUGACACACUCUUUAGGCGAUACGCAGCUUCCACAGCAACACAGGAUGUAGAGUGUGUCACGUUGUUUUUAGGAGAACAACUCUUUAGAGGAUCGUUUUCCAGCUUUUUUGUCCCUCAUCACAACUUCAAUUUCUGUACUCACUGGAAGAGACUGUUUUAGCACCAAAAUCUGUCAGCACUUGAACACAUUCUACGGUAAAAAUGUGUAUUACUUGAUAUUGGUGUUGCUGUUUGGAGGAUUUCACGGGGUCUCAAAGGGACGUUAAAAUAAGACUUUAUUAAUCUCACAAUGGAGAAAGUUACUAGUUACUUUUCAAAGAUCUGCUGUCAGUAGCACAAAACUGAUUACUUGAUUACUAUUGUGUACGUUCUGUUGAUCCAUGACAGAGUUAAACCUUGCUUUCAAAGAAGUCUAAUAAAAUAAGCUAUUUAUUUUGAAGUGAUACAUUACAAAUGUUUUUAUAUGUCAUGCAAUAAAAGCAUACGUCAGUCA